AUGAAGAAAGCGGGAAAAGCCCUGAAGGUGAUCUUUCCGAAAAUGCUACAUGUCACCUGCGCUGCCCACGCGCUCCAUCGCGUGGCAGAAGAGAUACGAGUCAUAUUCCCGGACAUUGACAGACUAGUGGCCAACGGGAAGAAAAUUUUCAACAAGGCAGCCUCGAGAAUAUCCGUUUUCCGGGAAUCCUUGCCAGCAGUUCCGUUACCUCCCCAGCCGAUCAUCACAAGAUGGGGGACGUGGAUUAACGCAGCCUGUUACUAUGCUCAUUAUUUUGAUGAAUUCGCAGCAGUCGUCAAUAAGUUCGACACAGAUGAUGCGGCAAGCAUAGGAGCGGUCAAGGCAUUGCUCCAGAAGCCCUCCGUAAAGCGCGAUCUGGCGUACCCCUUGGCGAAUUUCGGUCGGCUGCCGGAUUGCAUCACUUAG